ACAACUUUGGAUUAUUUGGCCAAUAUCUCUGAAAUCGACUUGUCUCAGAAUAACAUUUCCUCAGUGAGCGAUGUUAGUCUGGGCUCUCUCCCCCGGCUGCUGUCGCUCCACAUGGAGGAGAAUUGGAUCCAGGAGCUUUCUGACAGCUGCCUCUCUUCCUGGCCCAAUCUCCAGGAGUUUUACAUCAACCACAACCUGAUUUUCUCGAUCGCUCCCAGAGCUUUCCAGGGUCUGAGCCGGCUGCUGAGGCUCCAUCUCAAUUCCAAUCGCCUGACGAGUGUAAACAGCCAGUGGUUCCAGUAUCUCCCCCACCUAGAGAUCCUGAUGCUGGGAGAGAACCCCAUCAUUCAGCUGUCAGACAUGAACUUCAAACCCCUGGCGAACCUCCGAAGCCUCGUGCUCGCCAAGAUGAAUUUGACUGAAAUGCCCGAUAACGCUCUGGUUGGACUUGACAAUUUGGAGAGCAUCUCUUUCUUUGACAAUUUGCUCAAUUGUGUCCCCAGAGCGGCGCUGACUAAAGUCAAGAACUUAAAGUUUCUGGAUUUGAAUAAAAACCCGAUUGAGAGGAUCCAAAGAGGAGACUUCAUGGACAUGAUGCAUCUCAAGGAGCUGGGCAUCAACAGCAUGCCUGAGCUCGUGUCCAUCGACAGUUUCGCGCUGAACAACCUGCCAGAGUUGACAAAAAUCGAGGCCACCAACAAUCCCCGUCUGUCCUACAUACACCCGAAAGCUUUCCACAAACUCCCCAGGCUGGAGACCUUGAUGCUGAACAGCAACGCUCUAAGUGCGAUCCAUCGAAGCACGGUUGAAUCCCUCCCAAAUCUGCGGGAGGUCAGUUUGCACAGCAACCCCAUCCGAUGCGACUGUGUCAUUCGUUGGGUCAACAUGAACCGGACCACCGUUCGAUUCAUGGAGCCCGACUCCCUAUUCUGCGUGGAGCCUCCGGAGUACCAAGGCCAGCACGUCCGAAAGGUGCAUUUCAGGGAGAUGACGGAGAUCUGCCUUCCUCUGAUAUCAACGAAGAGCAUCCCGGAUCACCUGGAAGUCGCUAAAGGGACUAAAGUGUCGCUGCACUGCCGGGCAUUUGGAGAACCGGAGCCUGAGAUCUUCUGGGUGACGCCAAAGGGUGACAAGGUCCUACCUGGAGGUGCGUCCGAUAAAUACUACAUGCACCCCGAGGGAACCUUUGACCUCUACGAUGCCACGGAGCAGGAAGCCGGAUCGUACACCUGCGUCGCCCACAACCUCGUCGGGGCAGACCUGAAAUCGGUGAUGGUUUCGGUAGACGGAUACAUCGCAGAGCUUUCGAACCAACCUGUACACGUCUUUAUCACAUCGGUGCAGUCUCAUUCUGUAAGGGUUUCCUGGGAGAGCACAGGGGGUUUGGUAUCGCAACUAAAAUGGUCUGUUUUAGCCGACAGUGUGAUGCCGUUCACAGCCAGACUUCCUGCCGAUGUCAGAGAUUACCGCAUCAAACAGUUGAAGCCUUCCACGUGUUACCAGGUUUGUGUGGAAGUACAGCCUGGAUACAGCAGGGAUUGUGUAAACGUGACCACGAAGGAGGCAGCGUUCCCAAGGAGGAAGACGGAGAGCUGGGACGGUCUGGUGAUGGCUUCUUGUGCCGUGUUUUUCAUCGUGGUUGCCGUGGCUUGCUCCUUGAUGUAUACGUCUCUGUACAGCCAAAUGUUUUACAGGAAACUGAUAGCAGAUCCAGAUGAAACGCUGCUUAUUCCCAGCACUCAAUCCUCUUCUUCUUCCUCUUUCCUGGAAUCCUGUUCUGGGAUCAAGGUGAGGGCCACUGCAAUAGACUUACCGGACAUGUAAGAAAACGUCCUUGUCUGUAAAAGCACUUUGGGAUUAAGUGGAAAACGAGUGAUUGACACGGGACAAUGUCAUUUAUGGGCUCUCUUUUCAGGACUUUUGAUGGGACAUUUUGCACUGGAUCUCAGCUUGGUGGCAUCGGAGGAAAUGUAUUGAUAUUUACAUAAAUUGCUUAAAAGCAGAGACUAUUUUGUAUUUCCAACUUGUGUCGAUAUAACAAGCGUAAUGAAGCAGAUAUCUUGACUAUAAUCUACAUGGCUCCUGGUCAUCGAUGCAGUGCAACUGGAGUAAAGCACAGCAGAGGAACUGUUUAAAAUACUUUGUCAGGACGGCUGUUAUGUCUGGAAAAAAGCUUUUUCAUGCUGUGUUUCAUUAAAUGGUGCCAAGCAAAGAUUUAUAAUAGCAGAAGAAAAAAAAAAAACCUUGUUAGUCUUGUGUACAAUUAAACCGACUGUAAUGUAAACAAUUUUAUGAACAAAUACAUUUUUCAUUAA